AUGGAACGCGAAUAUCACCCUCGCCAGUUCGAGGACGGCCCUCGACCGCGACCUAAGCUCUACAAAGCUGGAGCUAACCCGCUGCACAUAGGAGCGGUGACUGAUUAUGGCGCGACCACGGUGCAAUGGAUGCGCAACCGGCGACCGCGCUACAAGAAUGUGCCCAUGGCUGAGGUCGAGCGGCCAACCCCCAGCUAUGUCGUGGACAUGACACCCCCAGCAGCUCGAGUCUCCAGCGCUGCCGAAUCAAUUCCUGCCAAAGCCGUGCAUUCUUCUCUCAACAAAGUCAAACACCCCAUCAAUGUAGUGAAAUGGACGCCAGAGGGCCGACGACUGCUCACGGGCUCUACAAGUGGAGAGUUCACGCUGUGGAACGGAAUGGGCUUCAACUUCGAGACCAUCAUGCAGGCCCAUGAGGCUGCCAUCCGCUGCGUCGAAUACACACACACCGACGACUGGCUGCUGUCAGCUGACCAGACGGGCAUAGUCAAGUACUGGCAGACAAACUUCAACAACGUCAAGGAGAUCCAGGCGCACACAGAGGCAGUGCGGGGGCUGGCCAUUGCACCGACAGACUCCAAGUUCGUCACGUGUGCCGACGACACAACACUGAAGAUCUGGGACUUUGCGUCCAGCACGGAGGAGUCGACGCUGACGGGUCACGGCUGGGAGGUCAAGUGCGUGGACUGGCAUCCGCACAAGGGGCUGCUAGUAUCAGGGUCAAAGGAUCACCAGGUCAAGUUCUGGGAUCCGCGGACAGGUCGCUGUCUCACAACGCUUCAUGGACAUAAAAACCCAAUAGCAAAGACCAUGUUCGAGCCUACCCAAGGACACCUGCUAGCAACAUGCGCCCGUGAUCACAUCGCUCGCAUCUUUGACCUCCGCAUGAUGCGCGACGUUCUCUUGCUAAAAGGACAUGACAAGGACAUCAUGUCCAUGACAUGGCACCCAAUGCACAAGAACCUGCUGUCCACGGGCGGCUAUGACGGUGCUAUAUUACACCACCUCCUCGACGAACAAAAUGCACCCGACGACGUGCCACCCUCUAUCUCCCCCUACGACGCGGCCGACCCGCAGACCGCGCCUGCGCAAACCAUCUACCCCGCGCACACCAUCAAGAGAGCUCAUGAAUACACCGUCUGGUCCAUGGACUGGCACCCACUAGGCCACAUUCUUGCGACCGGUAGUAACGACCGCAUCACACGCUUCUGGACCCGACCACGACCAGGCGACACGAGCUACAUCAAAGACCGCUACCACAUUGGCGACAAGGCAGCCGAAGAAGAAGGCACAUGGGAUGGGCGACAGGGCCGGCGACGACGCGCAGAGGAAGAAGAACUCGAAGCCGAAGACGAGGCCGAAGGUCUGGUCGAUCAGAAGAUGCCUUCCAAGAGCUCCGGCAUGCCUGGCUUACCGCCCGGUCUCUCCCUACCAGGUCUUUCCGCAGCACCAGACGGCUUCCCUGGUUUCCCUCCUCCAGGUAUGGGUGUGCCGCCCCCGCCGCCGAAUUUCCAGAAUGGAGGACCAGUGGGUGGACAGGAGGGCGGGGAUGCAGGGAUCAGGCGGAGAGCGCCGCUGCCGGAGCAGGAUGAUGCGUUAAAGGAGGAGAUGAGGCAGGGACGGUACAGGAAAGCUAGAUUCUACAUCGACACUUGGAGGAGUUUGACACUCUUUGCUGAGUCAUACAUCUGGUCCUUCUCACAGAAGACCUGUUCAAUACCAAAGCUCCAGACCCUGAUCCACUACCUACGCGUCUAG